AUGUUUGUCAUCCUCAAUAUCAUCCUCGGCGCUGUCUCAUAUAAGAAUUUCGCGUACCCUCAUCCCGGGGGCUUUACUAAGUCAGCUGAGCUACUAGCAUAUGUCGGCUAUCGAACAGGCUAUAUCUCGUUUGCCCUCCUGCCCCUCACUGUGCUGUUCUCUUCACGCAACAAUAUUCUCCUAUGGAUUACUGACUGGCCUUUCUCAACAUUUCUGGUCCUUUACCGCUGGGUCGCUCGUCUCUGUGCGCUCCAUGCAGUCGUUCACUCAAUCACCCUCCUAGCCGCUUACAUUAGUCUCGGCACCUACUACACGGACGUACACAAGCCUUAUUGGAUCUGGGGCAUCGUUGGGACACUAUGUCUAGUACUCCUUCUCGCGCAGAGCACUCUAUGGUUUCGUCGCGCUUCGUAUGAAGUGUUUCUCGUCCUGCAUAUACUCCUCGCUGCCUUCGUCAUAAUUGGAUGUUGGUAUCAUGUCUACUUCUGGAAGCCAUUCUCUGGAUUAUACGAGCUGUGGAUCUACAUGGUCUGCGCCGUGUGGUUCUUUGAUCGUUUCAUUCGCGUACUACACGUUGCCAAGAAUGGUCUUUGCCAAGCUAGUGUCGUCGAGCUGUCUGAUGAGAUCGUCCGCUUGGAUAUCUCUGGUGUGAGAUGGCUCUCUCCCCUUGGUCAUCAUGCCUACAUCUACUUUCCUACACUGCAGCCUUUUCUCCCGUGGCAGAAUCAUCCUUUCUCAAUCACAAAUACCGCAUUGCUACAGGAGACAUCUGCAGCGGCAUCGUCGCAUUCGGAUGAUGUCGAGCUGAGCCAAAAGAUCUCCCAAGUUGCCAUAAAAAAGAGGUUUACAGGCACUGAUAGUAUCUCCCUCUUUAUCAAAAAGCGCAAUGGCACAACGAGCCUAUUACGGAAACACCCAAACUUUCCUGUGCUGCUCGAGGGACCCUUUUGUGGUAAUCUCAGCCGUGAUGUGCUCAAGUGCGACAGAGUACUGCUCAUUGGUGGUGGAAUUGGUAUAACAGGCCUGAUCUCCUGGGCCCGAGCACACAUGAACGUUAAGCUAGCGUGGAGUCUGAAGGAGUCGUCCAGGCCACUUUUGGGAGAUCUCGAGCCAGCACUAAGCCAGGUGGCAGAUAAGGUGGUUUUUGUUGCUGAACGGUUAAAUGUUCACGCGCUUCUACUUCAGGAGGUCAAGGCAGGUUGGAAGAGAAUCGGGGUUGUUGUUUGUGGUCCAGCUGGUCUUUGUGAUGAUACUCGUGCAGCUGUGGUGAGUCUGGGAAGGAUGGGCGGGGCUGCAUUUGAGUUAGAAGUUGAUGCUUUCAGCUGUGACUACAUGAUUCCUGGUCAGCUGAAGCGUCCCUGA